AUGAAGGCCACCUUUACUCGGAUGCAGAAGCUUCACAGGAGUUCCGCUGGUGUGGAACAGCCGAAGGUGCCGGUGCCAGUGCCGGCGGGACCGAGAGACAAGCGAAGCUUUUUUUGGGUUUCUUCGCGCGACAUUGAAAUCUAUCCUUUGGUGCUCUGUGUAGCUGUUGGCAUGACGAUUGCUGUCUUCAGUGGUGUUCGCCAUCUAUCGUUUAAUCCCGACGUCAAUCUGAGCCGUGACCGACGUGAGACACCAGCGUGGGAGCGGUACGAGCCCGAGGAAGGAAAAACUUACUCGCGGAACCGCCACCAUUUCGCCAAUCUCAAGCCCAAUCCGGUCAACCAAUUUUCCGAGUCCGCAACGCUCCAGGAGAGGACUGAUGAGCCUUUUUCAGAACAUUUUUAA